AUGACAACUCUCGCUGGAGCUGUCCCCAGAAUGAUGCGACCAGCUCCCGGACAGAACUACCCUCGCGGCGGAUUCCCACUAGAAGUGUCUACUCCUCUAGGGCAGGGCAGAGUGAACCAACUCGGUGGAGUUUUUAUCAAUGGCAGGCCCUUACCCAACCACAUCCGUCACAAGAUAGUGGAGAUGGCCCACCACGGGAUACGGCCCUGUGUCAUCUCCCGCCAGCUACGGGUGUCUCACGGCUGCGUCUCCAAAAUCCUGUGCAGAUACCAGGAGACCGGCUCCAUCCGGCCCGGGGCCAUCGGGGGCAGCAAGCCCAAGCAGGUGACAACGCCGGACGUUGAGAAGAAAAUCGAGGAAUACAAACGAGAGAAUCCUGGCAUGUUCAGCUGGGAAAUUCGAGAUAAAUUACUCAAAGACGGGGUCUGUGAUCGAAACACCGUCCCCUCAGUGAGUUCCAUCAGUCGCAUUUUGAGAAGUAAGUUUGGGAAAGGAGAGGAGGAAGAGGCAGAACUCGAGAGAAAGGAAGUGGAAGAGAGCGAAAAGAAGACUAAACACAGCAUCGACGGAAUCCUUAGCGAAAGAGCCUCAGCACCCCAGUCAGAUGAAGGCUCUGACAUUGAUUCAGAACCAGACUUACCAUUAAAGAGGAAGCAGCGGCGGAGUCGAACAACCUUUACAGCCGAACAGCUCGAAGAACUGGAAAGGGCUUUUGAGAGAACCCACUACCCUGACAUUUACACACGGGAGGAACUUGCCCAAAGGGCUAAGCUCACAGAAGCUCGAGUUCAGGUUUGGUUUAGCAACCGUCGGGCAAGAUGGAGGAAACAAGCCGGAGCCAAUCAGUUAAUGGCUUUCAACCACCUGAUUCCAGGAGGCUUCCCACCUACCGCCAUGCCAACUCUCCCAACGUACCAGUUGACCGAGACCUCUUACCAACCCACAUCAAUCCCACAAGCGGUGUCUGAUCCCAGCAGUACAGUUCACAGACCUCAGCCUCUUCCUCCGAGCACUGUUCACCAAAGUACUCUCCCCUCCAAUCCAGAGAGCAGCUCUGCAUAUUGCCUCCCCAGCACCAGACACGGAUUUUCCAGCUAUACAGACAGCUUUGUGCCUCCAUCCGGGCCUUCAAAUCCCAUGAACCCCGCCAUUGGCAAUGGCCUUUCACCUCAGGUAAUGGGACUCCUGACUAACCACGGAGGUGUGCCUCACCAGCCUCAAACCGAUUAUGCUCUCUCACCACUCACCGGGGGACUAGAACCCACCACCACCGUAUCCGCCAGCUGCAGUCAGAGACUAGAUCACAUGAAGACCUUAGAUAGCUUGCCCACAUCACAGUCCUACUGUCCACCAACUUAUAGCACCACAGGUUACAGUAUGGAUCCUGUCACGGGAUACCAGUAUGGGCAGUACGGACAAAGUGCCUUUCAUUAUCUGAAGCCAGAUAUUGCAUAAAUGAACUGUCCACUUGAAGUCAAAUCUGUUUUUUUUUUCCGGUCUCCAAUGCCUAGAUAGAAAGAAUCCUCAUGGAAAAUGCAACCCCACUUGGGGAAAUCAUGACAGAGAAUACAGGAGAGUUUUCUUUCUCCAAUAGUUGUUUCUGAUAUACAUUUGGAUGUUUUGGACAAACGGACGGAAUCGAUGAAGACCACAAGCAGCAGUAGAUGACAAAUUCAGCCUUAGAGGCAACAGCUUAACAUAGGCCCACAUCAAAAAUGCCCAAGGAUUUAUAGUUCUGAGGAAAGAAAAAAAAACAUUCCAUUUCCAUGUCUUUGAAAUGAGUUUGGAUUCAUUUGUACCAACAGAAUGUUCCAAAAAUUAGCGAGUGACUUUAGCUUGUCUUACUGUCCGAUGUGGACAUGUCUAUGACUUUCAAACUGCUCCAUUUAUGAAGCAUGAGAGGAGGAACCUUUAAUUUUUCACACUGGAAAUUGACAUCAAAAGAACUGUCACGGUUUUAGGAAGCUAGAUUAGAACUUUCAGAAUAAGUUAUUGGUUAUUUUAUCUUUUGUUUUGUAAUCCAGUUGUCAAUAAAUGUCACAUACAUGUUCUGCUUAAAAUGAAAAGAAUGUUGUAUAACUAGAAUCAUUUUUUAUUUCCUUUUAUUCUUUGUUUGG